AAAAAGUGUUGUCUUCGUCGCUUCAUGAGUGUGUUCGGAAAAAAGAAGUUAUAAAAAUUCUUUCUUCUUCUUCACCGCCAGCGCAAAUCGAGCUCGAAGAGACUCAUGAUGGAAUCUGCCAGCACAUGGUCCUUGUGUUUGGGACUUUUGAAGAACAAGCCGAAAGCGCCCCUUACACACUUCUGCUGGUUGAGCCUCGAGAGCGGCGUUGCCGUGUGGAUUGCACUCUCUCUCGCGUUACGGAUUGCAAACAUGGAAGGUUGCUGCAGCCUGUGAUGCUAAUCGUCCUGAUAGUGCAGAAUAAAAUUUGUGUAGCAGGACCGUCAUGAGAGCCAAUAGUCCUACCUCAUUUCUUGGUAUGCAAAAGGAAAAGGCGGAUGUUUUCUCAUGCAUGCAUCAAGAUAGGCAUUGAGAGGCCUUUGCAAGAAAACAUAUAGAAAUCAUGCUUUCGCGUGCGGAGCAAAAGACUUUUGUGGCUUUGGCUUACCAAGAAAGGAUGCAUGACAAUAAACUAGCGAACUCUUUUCCUCGACCUACGUUUGCCACUGCAUAGGCGUCGUCGACCGCCUAUCCUGAGUAAAAACGUACCCACACCAGAGUCGGGAUGGGGAUUUUGCAACACAAACCUAGGAGUUUUGUGAGUCACGCAUGACAAGUUUCAGUCCGUAAGGUAGUGCAAGUUAGCAAGGAAAGCCGCAUCACAAAUCGAUCUGCUGAUCCUGUUUACAGCAUUACAAGUUCCCAAACACGAUUGAAAAUGCCUGUCGUGGGGUUGCGCAUCACAAAUGUUCCUGUCAUGGCAAAUCUGCAUGACAACUCUGGUGUGGGUACGUUUUUACUCAGGAUACCGCCGUCCUGCUGUCCGCCGCUGCUGGGCAGCCCGGCGACCGUGAGCCCGUGUCCUUGAUAUCGCAAGAAAAAACUGUUUCACUGUGAACUUGUGAUGCACAGAAGGCAACACAGAACUAUUUGUCUUGCUACACCUGCAAGACCUCGGCUCUUUAACGGUGUUUUCCCUUUGGAAGCGCGCAUGGCAAACUUUCUGUGUCAUGUGUAAAAAACUUGUGAUGCAGAUCUUGCAAAAUCAUCAUAGUGAAACAGUUUUUUCGCGGGAUACUUGAGCUCUGUGGUUUACUAUCCCUCACAGCUUCUCGGAUUGGCCUCUCUGCUGCUGGCAGUUUAUUCCUUGCGACAAAAACAGCCGGCCCUUCUAUACCCGCUGUUCCUCUUCAGCCUGGUUUCCUUGGGCCAGUUUGUCCUGGCGGCAACACAGCUUCUCCUGCAGAUGAGGACAGCAAAAAAUUUUGACCCCGUCUGCGCACAGCUUCUCUCGCCAGAGCUGCGGUUCGAGCCGCAAACCGAGCGAGCCGCGUGUGCAGUGCUGCAGACCAUCAUCAGCGUGGCUGCUUUGUUCGGUGCCGCAGUGAGCGCGUACGCAACCUUGGCCAUCUACUCGCUGGCCGUAACCAUGACGCCGAACGAGAUCACCACCACCAAGCCUGGUGGUGGGCACAGCGGAGGACAUCAGAUCGGCGCUCUGCUUUCGAGCUGCUGUUCGUAGUUGUGUAGGAACUCGAAAUUACUUCCACGUCUUGUUCCGAUGUUCGAGAAGAUUGAUGUAGUUUUUUGCCAUUGUAUUGCCCAGCAGUGCCAUGAGCAACUGCACUUUUAUUCAUUGGUGAAGUAACGAAAAUUUCAAAUCGUCACCCUCUGUUGUUGUUGAAGAUGCACGACUAUUAGCUCUAGCACAGAGAUGAAGAUGAUGAAAACGAACCAGGCUGCAAAACUGUUUGUCGUAAGUACCGUCUUGCGGAGUCUUCCGCUUUAGAACUCGUCGUGUAACUUGUACCUUGAUGAUUCACUUCUGCUUGGGGAUGAGGAUCGAU